AUGCACUCCAUCAGCGUCGGAAGUGAACGUGGCUCGGUUGAACCACUGGCACCCCCCGCUUCAUUAACCGCCAGCUACUCGCCCUUCCGGUCCUUGUCGCCGACAAGAACCGCCAUGUCGCAACUUGACGCUCUGCCGGCACGGUCCGCGCCUCCCGACUUGCCCCAGUCGUACCAAGCUAUCUUCCAGAUCGCCUCCGAGUUUCCGCGCUUCGUCGUCCCCUACUAUCCCUGGUGGGAGGACGAGGCGACCACCGUGCUGUGGGCCUUCAAAAACCUUGACAUCCGUCUCGUCAUUCGCUAUGGCCUCUUCCGGGACGAAAAUCUCCCGCGCAGUUCGCUGCUCAGUCGGAAUGUGGACGCAAUUGAUGCCGUCUUUGUGGCUCUAACCGAACCGCGCGAGCAUCAAUUGCUCGGCCAUCUCUCGCACAUGCAGCGAGUGGAGGAGAUCCUCCGUCGAUCUGGCACGCCACCAUUCCAGCCGGUUCCAUGGUCGUGGUUGCCUCAAUUGCCAGGCCACUCGCCCGAUGCGCGUACCAUCGCACAGGCCAUUGAGGCAGAGAGCCAUUUCCAGCUGAGCAAGGUUGCCUUUGAGGACAUUGUGCGCGCCUCCUUGGGAUACACGGCUACCUCGGUGGAAUGGUUCCUCAUGCAGCAUACCGCACUCUAUAUCCAUCUUCUAGACCAUUUGCAUAUGUACCCAGAUGACUUGCCCACGUAUGUAGAGGUGGAAAAGCACCUACAAACAAAAAGCCCCUUCGCCCACCGGGCAGUGGUACAAUGCCUGCUUGCAAUUCGGCCAGAAGCAGCAGCAGAUAUGCCCCUACCAUCCACGCGCGGGUUCGAAUUCGUGGCCGGCCCCAUCCAGCAAUUAUUCCAAGAUCGACCAGAGAGCUUGACGAACAUGCUCAAGAUCUGCAACGUGUUUGCUGUUCGUUACCGGCGCCAAUAUAUCAACACGGCCAAGGUGCCCUGGAACAUGACCUUUGACGCAUCAUACCCGUUCCUGGAAGAUUAUCUAGGCUCAUCCUCACCCUCUGACCUGGCCCGAACUCUCACAUCCUUAGACAAGGGCGAUUUCGCCAGCCUGUCUCGCCAGAGCAUUGUGGCACAAGACGAAAUUGUCAAAGACCUGCUAGAAAGUUGGCAAGUCCUAACCGUCUCUGUGUGGGAGUGUUGUUCUGCCAUCCCAGACCUACCCGCAUACCUCCGCGAAUGCGCAAAGAGUCUCCUCCAACUCCACAACUACCACUCUCUAACAGCCAUCCUAAAUGGCCUACACAAAUACGCCAUCUCAACCGCCCGAUCCCGGGGCCUCAACACCACCGUCGGCGGAAUGGUCGUUCUAGACCCGAUCCUCCCGCCAGAAACAAAUUUCCUCUGCGACGCGAGCCACAAUUACGCCGCCUAUCGCCACCAUUACAACGAUUACCCGGGCCUCCCAUUCCUGCUUCCGCAUCUUCGCGACGCCCAGCAAAAUGGCGAUUUGGCCCUCCAGCCGAUCUUUCGCUUCUUGCAGAAAUAG